CAUAUUGUAGUCCAAAUUACAUAUUGUAGGCCUCUGGAGAAAGUGGACUUUGGUUAUGAAUUUUCAACACUUCGGGCAACUAACAGACAAAACAAUUUUAUAACCCAGGAAAAGUUUCAAAAUAUUCAAGAAAGAUGCCAUAAUAUUUAAGUGAAAGCUUGCAAAGAGCUUCUUUCUCGUAUUCCAAGUAAUGCUGAAACUUUCAAAAUCGUGUAGUGUACUCUAUAUAUUACUUUGAAACCUGUAUCAGUCACUAAACAAAAAAUUGGGCUACUCUUAUUGCAAAUUCGGUACUUUUAGACCCUCAGCUUGCUACUUUCAGCAAUUUGGAUCUGGCAACCCUGAACCAGUGUGCGCUGGUCACUCGAGGGACGAGGACGUGUGCCGAGUCGUUCACCACUAUAUACAAGUUAAGAAAACCAGAUAAAUCAUCUUCAUACUGUCUCUGAAUAUCCUUCUGCUGCCCCUUAGACCGGUACUGUACGUAAUACGUCAUGACUAGGUACCAUGAAUUUACCCAUUAUGCGUCGUGGUUUAUCACCAGAGGGAUGCAAAAUUCGUGAUCGUCAUCAAGGAAGUCUCACCAUUGGUAUUCAAGGCACUACAGUACAUCCAGCUGAACGAGGUAGAACUCAAAAUACUUUUUUACAAGACAGCGUAAGGAGGCUGCAUGAAAUACAAGCCCGAUGUAAGGAACGAGACCAUAUUAAAAGAUCCCAGCCAUUAAAAGCAACGAGGGAGAGUUCAGCAAGUACAUCUUCGUUAAAACAGGUGAAUGCCUUGGCACCCAUUAGAAAUGGAUCGGCCAAGCUCCGAAGCAGAAGUCAAAAUUCCGAGCGUGAAGGAAGUGCACAUUCAGACUAUUUUUCUCUCACUGAGGAACAGAUUGAGCCAUUAAUCACUCAUCCCACACAUUACUACCUCUCAGAGCAUGGUGGCCUGGUUACAUCAGAUGAUAACAUAACUUCAAAUAAUGAAUGCAAUGGAGAAAACAUUUUAAAUUAUUCAAAGAACUCGACUCAUCACAAUCGGACACAUCAAACAAACUCUCAAAUCUCGGAUUGCCAACCAAGGCCUGCAUCAGGAAGCCCAGUUGUACUGAAGCCUAUCACUUCAAAACUUGUCCAAACCAUGCCAACACCAGUGGUCCCAGCACUGAGACAAGCAUCAGCUAAUGAUCAGAUGUUUGUUAGUGAAAGUGAGUUAACCCAGGGAAUGAGGAAGAUGAGAGUGGAUAAUUUAAUGUCAAAAAUUAAGAAUCAGAAGCCAUCAUGCGAAUUAGAUUACAACUUGCAUUACAAGACUAUUGAAAAUCAACAUAAGAUGUUGCUUGAUAAUUCAGAUAGGCUGAGUUUAUACAGAUCUGGGGAUGGGAGCAUAAGAAAUGAAAUCGACACCCAAAGAUCUGUAGUAAAAUCUAAAUCACCUGCAGUGUCUAGUAGGCCAGUAAGUUCAAAGAUGGUACGUGCUCGAAGCUUUGACAGAGAUUUAAGUAUUCCCAAAACUGGAAGUGUAGUCCCUAAAUCAAAUAAGUCAAAUAAUAAUAACAGUAAAAACAAUUUGCCACAUCCUUCAUCUCCUCAAAUUAGGAAGAGGAUAUCAAAAUCAAAUAGUAAUCUUACCCAUACGGGUCACAAUUUGUUACCUCAAAGUUGUAAUCAAGAUCAGUCUGUUGUUACAACUCGAGAAAGAAGAAAAAAUAAUAAUUACAAUAGAAGAAUCACCUCACCUCAGUCACCAAAUAAUACAGGUUACAUGGCCAAUGUUGAAGCUUUCCAGAGAAGCAAGAGCAAUCUAGAAAAGACUUUGGGCCGAGGAGAUAAAGAAAAUGUGUAUCAGUCAUCAUUGAACUCACAUAAUCAAAUAGACUUAAGUGGCUUUUACUCAGACAAUAAAUUGCAGUGUGAUGAGGCUGGUGAUGUAAAUGUUCCUUCUCUUGAGAUAGAAUCUACUAGAGAUGUAAAUUGUGGUACAACUAUUUCUUCAAGUUGUGACAGGAAUAUUGAUCAUCAGCCAGCUUUCCAAGAAUCAAAAAGGGAAGAGUAUCAUUUGAACAUACGCCCAGAGAGUCCGAGUAUUGGAAGUACAGUUGACCAGUCACUAGAUAACAGGGUCUUCAUGGAAGACUUUCAAGAUAAUGCUGGCAAUAGAUCUUUUGAUACAACAGAUUUUGUACAUGAUGAAAGUAAAGAUAGCCAUGAAAUGAUUCAUGAUGAUAUGAAAGAUAGCCGUGAAGCUGAAGAUAUGAGAACUUCAACACCUGUGCCUAAUGCUGCUCGUGAUGCACCAUUUACUAACUCUUCACCAAAAUUAUUAAAGAUGGACCAGAGUAAGGCUCAGACUUCAGCAAAAUCUUCGCUCAGAAGAUCCCAGUCCCUGAAGAAUGUUCACCAGCGACCUGGUCACCCGCCACCCACGUACAAAAAGGGCAAAAUUCCAAAAUACAUCUUGGCUCGCAGAGAGGAAGAGAGACGUUUGAAAGAGUUAGAGCGGGCUGUUGAUCCUGACUGUCCUCCAGGCCACACGCCAUUACCUGACCACGAGCGCCGUAAUACCCUUCAUCUUCUUCAGAAAAGUGAGGCCGAGGUAAUGAGGGAGCUGUCAAUGCUACCUGUGGCCCAAGAUACACUGAGAGUUAAAAAAGUGCGUCACGAUCUGGAGGCCAAACUCACGCAAAUUGAAGAUGGAUUGAGAAUAUUUUCUCAACCUAAAGUGUAUGUCAUGAACGAUGAAUGAAUUUAGUAAUAAAGUGUCUUUAUGAGGACCAAUGUUAUGUUGAUUAUUGUUAUACAAGCUGUGGUGUUGGUUAUUGUGGAUAUAAUUAAAUUGUUGUUGGUUAUGAAUAUACUUAACAUUUUUAAUGUUUUUAUUUAACAAAAUUUCAAGUAACUUAUUAUAAUUUAACAGUUUUAAGCCAUAGCAAUGUUUGCUCCUUGUGGUAUAGUGUAUUAACUGAUGAAGCACCUAGUCACCAACAUGCACAAGAAUCGAUACUGUACAUACGUAACAUCUGUAUACCUUCUAGUAGUCGGUAUCUGUGGAAUAUAAAGUCAGGAAUCUCACGCACAUCUCAUAAGAGCAGAUGGAUAAGCCAUCUGCGUAUGCAAAUUGAGAUACAAAUUAUUUUUGUUAUAUAUGCAGUGUAGUUUGCAGGUUGUAUUGUUGGGUAAAUAUAGAUUACACAUAAUAGCUCAAGAUUAAUGUGUAAUAUUACCAGAACUAUUAUUACAAAAGUCUUGACUUUCAUGUUAUAUUUAGAAAAUUAGCUAGGCCAAUUGAAAAACAAGUUUUGAUUAAUGGGUGUCAAGCAUUAGAAAUGGGAUAAAAAUUACCUAUAUUUUGUAAUGCCAUCCAAAAUUUCAUCAUUGUGUGCUUAUUUACUGGAUUGCUUUCCAUUUUGUAUUGGUAUCCUGUCCAUACAUGUUGCUGUACUACAGUGACCAUUAACAUAUACCUUGAGGUUACCUUGAGGUGCUUCCGGGGCUUAGCGUCCCCGCGGCCCGGUCGUCGACCAGGCCUCCUGGUUGCCGGACUGAUCAACCAGGCUGUUGGACGCGGCUGCUCGCAGCCUGACGUAUGAGUCACAGCCUGGUUAAUCAGGUAAUCAUAUAGACAGGUUGAUCAUAUAGACAGAUAUUUGUUGGGUUUUCUAGAGGAGCCAUGGAGGCGCCUCCAGAAAGAGGCAUUUCAUUACAUUUAAUGCUGGGUUUUUGCAAAUUGUAAAGUUCAGCUGUAACCAGUUUCAAAACUUUUGCUGCUGUUGCAUUCUGGUUUUAGGGCAAAUUGUUUUCUGGUCACUGCCCAAUCAGCUGAGUAAAGCCAACAUGGCCAUCAGACCCUGGUAAAUUUGGCACCACUGAAGUUACCAAGUUCUUUCUCAAAGACUUCAGUCUUUGGCUUCAGCAAUAUUUCACAUAUUGGUAUCGAAUAUUAACAUCUUAGAGCUCUGAAGUUUACUAAAGUGUGCUCUAAUUGUAUUUGUAGUAUCUCUUCAUACUUGUUUUAUCUUACAUAUACUGUACUCCAGACCGACAACCAGAGAGCAACUCCAGUCUCCUGAGACUUAUGAAUGCCUACUACUGUACUGCAUUUCAUUGCAGUAAUUUAUAAUAAAUAAAUAAAUAAAUAAAUGUUUAUUUAGGUAAGGUACAUACAUACAAGAGAUUUUACAAAGAUUGAUGGAUUUAUAGACAGAGCUAGUACAUACAGUGCCUAAAGCCACUAUUACGCAAAACGUUUCGGGCAUGAAAAACAUUAAUGACUAAAGCUUAAUACUAAUUUAUUGUGGUGUGCAGAUUAGGGCUCUGGCUAUCAAGUAUUUCCCAUGUAUGUAUUAUGAGAUAGCUCUAUGCUACAGUUUUGAAGGCAGAACUGUUAGUUUAGAUACUUUACUGGUUUUAUACAAGCAAUAAAAGACGGCUGUAUAUUUUCUACCUUGGAUAUCACAACUGUGUUGAGAGGUGUGAGUGCAGAAGAGUAUUCUAAAUUAGGGUCCAGGUGCCUUAAAGGUAUCAUUAUUGUUAUGGUAACUAUUGUUUUGGAAGUUUGCAUUUUCCAUCCUAUCUUUUCAUGCCUAUGUUUGCUUUGUUGUGCACUCUAAACCUUAGAAUGUUCAAUACUAAAAUUCCUAGACUUUAUACCUGUUCCCUCCAUUUUAAAAGGUUUGGACUGAAUCAUAUAUCUGUCCCCAUAUUGAGUUUGUUUGUCUUUGCUCAUGACAUUUGAUUCCCAUUGAGCAUAAUGCUAUUUUCUGUUUCCCACUGAAGAACUUUAUAUCCAGUACUAAAGUGUUCUACGCUUUCGACUCGCAAUCAAGGAUCCCUGAUUCCAUCCUCGGGUGGGACGGAAAUGGUUGAACAUGUUUGCUUUCACAUGAUGUAUCUGUUCACCUAGCAGUAAACAGGUAGCCAGAAGUCAAGCAACUGUUGUGGGUUGCAUCCUUAUGAAGGUUGGUAGUACAACUGAGGAUGACCUCGAUAAGAGCCUAAGUAUGGGCUUCCUGUCCUGUUUGUUAGAAAACUUAAUAUCUAUCUACCUACAUUACACGUUACACCACUAGCCCUCAUUUCAUACACUUAUCAACAUGGCCACAUUUACCAAAGGCCUUCAUGAAGUUUGUUUAUUCUGCAUUUUAUUUUGCAUUUGCAAUUACCAUUAGAUAACUAUAGCAAGUCAUAUUGGUAAUAGACUGGAGAUGUAUUACCUUGAGG